AUGAUUUCUACUAAACUGGCUGUUAUUUUCUUAAUCUUGGGAUAUUCGUUGGCUGCUCCAGCUAACAAACAAGAAAGAAGAACUUCUACAACAACCAGUGCGAUUGGAAAUGGAAGAAACGAAUUCAAUAGAAACUCGAACAGUCAGAUGGGAUCCGGCUAUGGAGGCCAAAACGGGGACAGAAACUCCAGAAACAAGAGAGCAUCUGAAUCAAACGGAUUCGGUGGACAGAAUGCUCAAGUUAGCCAAAAUGAGUUUAGUAGAUCUCAAGGGUCAAUCUCAAACGAACAAAUGGAAUCUGGUGCCGAUGCACAGAACAACCAAAAUGGCUUCGGAGGAUUCAGGCAGACCACAGAAAGCGCACAACGUGGAUUUGAUUCAAAUAACAAAAGGGGCAGAAACAAGAACUUCAGAAGCAAAAGAGCAUCUGAGACAAUGGGCUUCGGUGGACGGAACGGUCAGGGAAGCCAAAAUGGAUUCAGUGGAUUUCGAGGAUCCAGCUCAAGCGAUCAGAUGAGUUCUGGAUUUGGUGGACAGAGUGGUCAAUCAGGAUUCAGUGGACAAUCUGGAUCAAGUGGAUUUGGCCAAAAUGGUUUCAGUGGUCAAAGUGGAUUUGGUGGAACUAGCUCAAGCGGUCAAAUGGAAUCAGGAUUUGGAGGAUCAAGCUCAAACAAUCAAGGAACAUCUGGUCAAACAGGAAUGUUUGGACGAAAUCAGGGAUUCGGUGGACAAGGAAGCUUCUCCUCAAACAGUGGACUCGGGCAAAAUGGAUACAGUGGAAGAUAA